UCUCACCAGGUCCCUGCUGGCAGCCUCAGCACGGGGCUACCGCGCAUGCUCGCUGAUCCAAAAGUCUGGAGAGGAGAGUUUGAACGGCACCGGACUGUAACCGACGGGAAAUGGCUUUCUGUACCUUUUUCGGCGGGGAGAUUUACAGGGGGCACUUUGAACCCGGUAUAUACGUCUGUUCAAAGUGUGGACAUGAAUUGUUUUCAAGUAAAGCUAAAUACGACCACUCCUCACCAUGGCCUGCUUUUACUGAAACCAUUCAUCCAGAUAGUGUGUCCAAAAGAAAGGAGAGCAAUAAUGCACUUAAGGUUUCUUGUGGAAAGUGCGGGAAUGGUCUUGGUCAUGAAUUCCUUAACGAUGGGGCCGAGCGAGGCCAGUCACGUUUCUGAAUAUUUAGCAGCUCGUUGAAAUUUGUCCCUGAGAGUCAACAGAGCUCUUGUGGAUAGAUAACACGAGCAUGGAACUGGCUUUUUUGUCAUCUGGAAGUUGCCGUUUGUCUUAAAAAAAACCAUGUAAUCAAGCGUGCUGUUUCCUUUGGGGAAAAUUCCAACAAAGGCCUCUGUACACCAGUAUUUUUGUUGGUUAGUCAUUACAUGAAGUUUUCUGGAUAAACUUUCUUGAAUGUCCUGGAAAUAGAAACUUGCAUGAUUAUCCUGACAAAAAUACUUGCUGUUUUAGAAUGGUUUUUAAAGCUUGCAGUCAAUUCUUUUGAUAAUAUCGAUCAAAAUGAAUGUGGAUUGGAACUUGGGGACAUCUGGGACUUAAUUGAAAUGUAUGUUUUCCUCUGGAAUUUGCACUAGAAAGCAUUCUUAAUAGUUUGUUCAAAUAAGUUUUGUGUCACACAGGAUGUCUUCAGGUAUAUCAAGAAAUUGCAACACUUGAGUUUGACUAUCAGUUAAAGUAAACUUCUUGCAAUCUCAAGUAAAUAAUGGCUGUGUGAUGUUAAAUUUUGCAAAACACAAAAACAAUAUUGUUUUAGCAUUACUUUCACUUACUUUAAUUUAUCAUUGGUGUCUGUGAGUAUUGUAAUAUGGGUAUUUUAUAGGACAGAAGGAAACUGGGGGGAUUCUCGAUAAUUGACAGGGAAGCAUGGUCCUGUAUAAAUCUAGGUGUAGUGACCAAGUUUGAAAUUUCUCAAUUAAGAAAGAAGCUAAAUAUAAGAGGGGCCAUCAUUGGAUUAGGCUAUGAUUGAUCACAUCUGCAACCUGAUCUCAAACAGUUACCAGUUUGCUCACGAUUAGUCAUCAGUUAUCUUUUGUGGUGUUGCUUGCCAUGUGCCAAGUGAAAUUACUUUCUUUAUCACCUUCACCAUCCCCUUCCAAGCUAUUUAACAUUAGUGUAUGAAAUAAGUACUGAUUACUGUACUCUGGGAUUGGUUUUAAAAAUUGGGGGUUUGGAAUCUGGUUUGAAUGUGGGAAAAGGAUUGAGAAAUUAAGAGGUGAGGCUUUCCUGUCACACACACUUUCCUUGGAUUAAAUGUUUCUGAUUAUACUUUAAAGGCACAAUGUAUGAUUAUAACUUUCAAAAUUAAAAUACUUUGAAUCUU